CAGGGAACUUUGGGGCCUGUGGCUAUUGAUAAAGUGGUGAAGUUAGACCUAGUGGUGGGGUGAUGAUGGAGCUGUUAGGGAGGUGUGAGGUAGAACAGUGGCAUGCUUUCUGAGUCUUACAUUCUUCCUACAGGAACAGCAUCAUGUCUCUUCUCUGAAUCCUUGUAGUUAGCUCAUCUCUUCUAGUAUAAGUUUUACAGUUCCUGAAUUCUCUGAAGAGAAAUGGAUCCAAGCUGUACUUCUGGGGGUGGGCACAAGUCAUGUACAGCAUUCCUAGCCUCCAAAAAGCAUCCCUGAGCUGCACCAUGGAGAUUUGGCAUCCCAAAUUCAUCCCUAGAGCCUUCCAAGUGUGCAGAUGUUCGCUUUAUAUUUGCUGGUAUCAUGCGGAUAUCCGCGGCUCAUUUUUGCAUCUAGAACCCUGCAAAUGUGCUGAUAUCAGAUUUCUAUCAGCAGGUAUGUAUGCAGAUAUACAUGGCUCAUGUUUGCAGAUGCACAUGUGUCUACAAAAUUUUUGUAUCUGCGCAUGGCUCUCUUCAGCUCCCUGAAGGGUAAUUUAUUAGAGGCUACAGUAGACUGGUUGGAGACAUCUGAAUUCAAUGCACUGAUCUAGUAGGUGUCCCCAUUCCACCAGCAAUUAAUAUAUAUCUAGUGAUCAGAGUAAGUAUCCCAAUUUGGCUUGCAGGCCUUGUGUGUGCUUGUAGGCUAUAAAUUGGUUAAAGGGAGCUGUUAAAAGAACAAUUAUAUAAUGUUGAUUUCAUAAAUUACACCAGAAACUUAGCUGUUGGGCUGUAUAAACUCUUUAUUGCUAAAGAGAUAUGACAGGACUUAAACUCGCUCCCUUCAGUUAAUGUCUUAACUCAUCUUUGUAUAUUCUUUAGGUUUUUAUUGACUCGGUUAAAGGAAUUCUGUGGAGAAUUUUUGAAGAAAAAACUGAAUCUCUCCAACUGUGUGGCUAUUCAUAGCUUAGCUCAUAUGUAUUCCUUGAACCAGCUUGCCCUGAAAGCUGCAGACAUGAUAAGAAGGAACUUCUGCAAAGUUAUCCAAGAUGAAGAAUUCUACACAUUGCCCUUUCACCUCAUCAGAGACUGGCUUUCAGACUUGGAAAUCACAGUGGACUCUGAAGAAGUUCUUUUUGAGACCAUUUUAAAGUGGGUUCAGAGAAAUGCUGGUGAAAGAGAGAGGUAUUUUGCAGAACUCUUUAAACUGCUCAGGUUGUCUCAGAUGAAACCCACUUAUCUUACCCGGCAUGUCAAAUCUGAAAGGCUAGUAUCCAGUAACGAAGCCUGUCUUAAAUUAGUGUCUGAUGCUGUGGAAAGUCAUGCCCUGAGGGCUGAGAACUUGCAGUCUGGUAAUUUGCAACAUGCUGCUUACCCUGUAGCAUUGCUGCCUCGCUUUGGGCAAAAUAUGGAUGUCAUCAUGGUGAUUGGUGGUGUAUCAGAGGGAGGAGAUUAUUUAAGUGAGUGUGUGGGGUAUUUCAUUGAUGAAGACAGGUGGGUAAACUUACCACACAUACAUAAUUACCUUGAUGGACAUGCUGUUGCUGUUACAGAAUCAUAUGUUUAUGUGGCUGGCUCCAUGGAGCCUGGCUUUGCCAAGACUGUAGAAAGGUACAAUCCAAACAGAAAUGUGUGGGAGCAAGUCUGUAAUCUAGUAAGCAAAAAACAUUCUUUUGGCCUUACUGAAGUCAAGGGAAACUUGUACAGUAUUGGUGGACAUGGCAACUUCAGUCCUGGCUUUAAAGAUGUAGCCAUUUACAAUCCUGAGCAAGACAAAUGGCACAACCUGGAGUCAGCCCCAAAGAUCCUUCGUGAUGUCAAAGCAGUCACCGUAGAAGAUAGAUUUGUUUACAUUGCUGCUCGAACCCCAGUGGACAAUGAUAGUGAAGAUGGCUUAAAGGCAUUAAUUACCAGAUAUGACACAGAGACAAGGCACUGGCAAGACAUUGAGUCGCUGCCACUCAUUGAUAACUACUGCUCUUUUCAGAUGUCCGUUGCCAACACAAACUUUUACCAGACAGCAUCAUGCUGCCCCAAGAGUUACCCCAUAGAUAAUGAAGAGGCUAAGAGACAGAUCUCUGGCAGAAUGCCAGACGAGAUUCUGGAAAGUUUGCCUCCAGAAGUUCUUAUUAUUGAAGGGGCAGCCAUUUGCUAUUAUAAAGAUGAUGUUUUCAUCAUUGGUGGGUGGAAGAACAGUGAUGAUAUAGAUAAGCAAUACAGAAAAGAGGCCUAUCGUUACUGUGCUGAGAGAAAACGAUGGAUGCUUCUGCCUCCCAUGCCGCAACCUCGCUGUAGAGCAACAGCCUGCCAUGUGAGAAUACCAUUCAGAUGCUUACAUGGUACACAAAGAUACCCUAUGCCACCAAACUUGAUGUGGCAAAAGGAUAGAAUACGGCAGAUGCAGGAACAACAUCGACAUUCUUUAAACACGCGAGGAAUGCCCCGCUCACAGAUUGAGUGCUAAUUCAUGGAAGACCAUUCCUAUAAUUAACCUGGUUUAAGAAUACAGUGUUAUCUAUUUUGUAAGUCUUAGUACAUUGCCAUCAUGUAUUAAGAUUUGGGUGGCUGAUUUGAUGCAUAAAAGUAAUAUUGUUACUUAAAUUUUGAGGGUGGGAAAUAGUUAACAUCUAAAAUCCCUCUCGUGUAUCAUUGAGAAGAGCAUACAGUAGCCUGGGUUCCUGUGUGAUGAAAUGCCUGACACUUUAAGAAAAUAUAGUGCAGAAUCUGUUAAUUCUCUUGUCAGGCCCUUACUUUCAAGGAUUUGUAUGGAUUUUAAAAAAACAAAUCCAACUUAAUGCAUUUUAACCAUUAUAUUUAGAUAUAUUCUUAAAGCACCAAUUUUAUUUGCACU